UCCAGCAAAAGGAUGCCGCAGCUGAGCCUGUUCCGGUUGGGGCUCGGGUCGCUGUGGGCCUCCCCUUGGCAGCUCCUGCUGCUGCUGGCGGCUUCCUGGCUCCUGGCCCGAGUCCUGGCCCGCAUCUAUGCCUUCUAUGACAACUGCUGUCGCCUUCGGUGUUUCCCACAGCCCCCAAGGAGGAACUGGUUCUUGGGUCACCUGGGCCUGAUUCAGAGCUCAGAGGAAGGUCUCCUGUACACACAGGGCCUGGCGAGCACCUAUGGGAAUGUGUGUUGCUGGUGGGUGGGGCCCUGGCAUGCAAUCAUUCGCAUCUUCCACCCCACCUUCAUCAAGCCCGUGCUCUUUGCUCCAGCGGACAUCGCCCCCAAGGAUGUGCUCUUCUACCACUUUCUGAAGCCUUGGCUGGGGGAAGGGCUCUUGCUAAGUGCUGGUGACAAGUGGGGUCACCACCGCCGCCUGCUGACACCUGCCUUCCAUUUCAACAUCUUGAAGCCCUACGUGAAGAUCUUCAAUGACAGCGUGAAUGUCAUGCAUGCCAAAUGGAAGAAGCUAGCCUCAGAGGGCUGCACCCGUUUGGACAUGUUUGAACACAUCAGCCUUAUGACCUUGGACAGUCUGCAGAAAUGUGUCUUCAGUUUUGACAGCAAUUGUCAAGAGAAGCCCAGUGAAUAUAUUGCUGCCAUCUUGGAGCUCAGCGCCCUUGUGGCAAAACGGCACCAACAGAUCUUGCUGCAUGUGGACUUUCUGUACUAUCUCACUCCCGAUGGGCAGCGCUUCCGCAGGGCCUGCCGCCUGGUGCAUGACUUCACAGAUGCUGUCAUCCAGGAGCGGCGCCGUACUCUCCCCACUCAGGGUGUUGAUGACUUUCUCAGGGCUAAGGCGAAAGCCAAAACAUUAGACUUCAUCGAUGUGCUCCUGUUGACCAAGGAUGAAGAUGGGAAUGUACUGUCAGAUGAGGACAUCCGAGCAGAGGCGGACACCUUCAUGUUUGAGGGCCAUGACACCACAGCCAGCGGCCUUUCCUGGGUCCUGUACAACCUUGCAAAGCACCCAGAAUACCAGGAGCGCUGCCGGCAGGAGGUGCAGAUGCUCCUGAGGGAUCGUGAGACUAAGGAGAUUGAAUGGGACGACCUGGCCCACUUGCCCUUCCUGACCAUGUGCAUCAAGGAGAGUCUGCGCUUGCACCCCCCGGUCACGGUCAUCUCCCGCUGCUGCACCCAGGACAUUGUCCUCCCAGAUGGCCGUGUCAUCCCCAAAGGUAUCAUCUGCCUCAUUAGUAUUUUUGGGACCCACCACAACCCGUCCGUGUGGCCAGACCCUGAGGUGUAUGAUCCCUUCCGCUUUGACACAGAAAACAUCAAGGAGAGAUCACCACUGGCUUUUAUUCCCUUUUCCGCGGGACCCAGGAACUGCAUCGGGCAGACGUUCGCCAUGACCGAGAUGAAGGUGGUCCUGGCGCUCACCUUGCUGCGCUUCCGCGUGCUGCCAGACGAGCAGGAGCCGCGCAGGAAGCCGGAGCUGAUCCUGCGCGCAGAGGGUGGACUUUGGCUGCGCUUGGAGCCCCUAAGCGAGGACCCGCAGUGACU